AUUUAUUCGCCUCUACUUGUUUUUGUUGCCUUGGAAAAUUACUCUUGCACCAAAAAUGUUUACCAGGGCAUUGGUAUUAUCCAGCUUCUUAACCCUAAUACAAGUUGCCAAGACCGUCCUUGCUGACGAACCCAUAUGCUACUCAGGUUGUCAAGCUGGAGCUACCACCUAUUUGUUCUCCAAUUGCAGCAGCACAGAUCUCUCGCUGGUCGAUUUCGCAAGUUGCCAAUGUGGAAGUGUUCCCUACUUAGGUUCUAUGGCACUUUGCUAUGCAAAUAACUGCAAAAGUGAGGCUGCAGUCGCAUGGGACUAUUUGCAACAAGAUAUUUGUGGCGGCCUUGCUGCAAAUACCGAGUACAUCUCAACUCUAAAUAACGCUACGCACUAUAUCCUCCCUGGAUCUACAAUCGACAAAACACAACCUAUCUACUCCACAGUGCUAUUCAGCCAAGAAGAAAUUGAACCUACGUUUCGUACUAUCAAUGAAUACAACAGACAGAUAUGGCUUGCAAAUGUUUACGGAGGAGCUACCAACGUAGUCGUCCUCAUAUACAUUAUUCUUGGCGUGAUCAACAACAUAUACCAUCACCUUGGUUUGAGAGCAGCAAGAAGUAGAGUAUCAAAGAAGAAGUCUAUGAUUUCCCGAUCCAGCCAGUAUUUGAGAAAGAAGUUCAUCAAUCCUGCAUUAUUCCACAAUGGCUUACAUAGUCGCCAAGGUCGUCUCCUCGGUGUGCGAGUGACAAUCCCUACGCGUAUUGAAAGCAUUGCCCUUGCCAUUUUCUUGAUUGUCAACAUUGUCAUCUUGUUUCCCAACUAUCGCCUGUUUACCGACAAUACAUAUUGGCCAGACAACAAUCCUUUGCAACUUUGUCGCUAUAUUGCUGAUCGUACUGGCAUCGUCUCAUUCACACAACUUCCUAUGGUGUUUUUAUUCUCAAGCAAAAACAACGUCAUGCUUUAUGUCACUGGCUGGAGUUACGACCGAUUUACAGUCGCUCACAAAUGGAUCAGUCGUACCAUGUUCUUCCAUGGCUUGGUUCAUUCCAUCGCAUACACGGUAUACCCCUAUCUCACUAUUGGCUACGACGGAUGGACUUUAUACAAGCUGUAUGCUACCGACUUGUACUUUCAAUAUGGUAUCGUCGCUACCAUUCUGGGUGCAUUCAUUUUGGCAAUGGCAAUGCCGACCUUCCGCACUCGUGCCUACGAAUUUUUCCUUGCUACCCACAUCUUUAUGGUGGUUUUCUUUAUGAUCGGUUUAUGGUACCACGUGGAGUACAUCCCGUUAAUGGCUUUCAUGCCUUGGCUUUAUGCUUCCGUAGCUAUCUGGUCGUUUGAUCGAUUUAUUCGCCUUGUCAGAUUGAUUCUGCUAAAUAUCAAAUUAGCCAAAACCGGUUACCAAUCCUGUGUUGCCCGAGUACUACCAGAAGAUUGCAUUCUGCUACAAGUCCCUGCAAACCGCCCUUUCUUGCGAAACAUUCGACCUGGUGCAUAUGUCUACAUAUAUGUUCCUUCUAUCUCGCUAUGGCAGUCUCAUCCUUUUACAAUUGCCAAAUGGUCCGAGCCAUCUAGUCUGGAAGCAUCAGUUAAUGAAACUCUUCCCGUCCCGGAGACGGAUAUAGCUAAAACCGAAGGAGACAGAGCAUCAGCCUCCGGUUCUUCAACAUCUCAAACCUUCAAUGGACCUAGCUUUGAUCUCUUAAUUCGACCCCAACGAGGUCUGACUGCCAAGCUGUACAGAAAGAUUUUGGACAACCAUAAGCCACUCGAGCUAAAUGUUAUCAUUGAAGGCCCUUAUGGACAUACCGCACCGAUGGAUCAAUACGACACGGCAGUUUAUAUCACUGGUGGUGUAGGCAUAACUGCCUCAUAUCCCUAUUUACAGAAAGCCAUCACCAAGAGCCCUGGAAGGACUAGACAUAUUAUAUUUAUCUGGAUUGUUCGCACUAGUCAAGCCUUGCACUGGGUUCAAGAGGAUCUCUGCAAGCUUUUGAAAGAAGCAGACUCUUCACUCGCCAUAGACGUGGAGAUUUACAUUACUAAAGAAUCUCAGGCUGAAGACCUACCAAAACCAUUGGCCGAUUCAAUCCACUUUGGAGCACGACCCAACGUGAUAAAGCGAAUCAACGAAAUUGUGACGGUCUCCCCUUCGUCGGUUGCUGUCCUUGCAUGCGGUCCUCCUGGCCUGAACGACGAGGUUCGUUGUGCAGUCUCUGAGGAAGGUAUUCCAUACUACGAGGAAUCAUUUAGCUGGUAGAAAUCUUUCAGCUAUAACGUUGAACAUAUGUACACUUACUAUUAUGUACCUUUAUUUACAAAAUCAUUCACACUAUUUCCCCA